AUGGAAUCAAACGAUAGCAAUACAAAAGAUUGUUCUACUAUAUAUCGUUUUCAAUUUGCUAGUAUAGCUUUUCUGUGUAGUGUUUAUCUUCCAUUUACAUUUCAUUCAAAUAUAUGGUCACUUUAUACACAACCAUUUACACCAGUUAAUUGUUCAAUGAAUAAAAAUCCAGUUAUUUCUGGAUUAACAUUAAACACUCCAAUAAAAUCAAUACUUCCAAUUCUCAUAAAAAAUUAUAAUCGAACGGAUUGUUGUCCUUGUAAAGAAAUUCUUAAUGGAAAUAUAAAUGAUAAACGUCUAUGGAUUCGUUGUCAAUCAUGGAUAGCAAGUCUAAAUGAAUUAGAAGCACGAAAAGCAACUAUUAUCGAUGAAUGGAAUUUAGCUUGUGGGUAUGAAAAUCGCAAAAACCUUAUGAUAGGUUCUAUAUCCUUUUUAAUUGCCGAGCUCAUUGGUGUUAUAUUAAUUGGCAUUUUAGCUGAUCGAUAUGGAAGAAAAUUAAUGUUUUUAAUGUGCCUUUAUAUACCGGUGCUUUUCGGAUCGUUGGCUGCUUUUACUACAACUUAUACUCUAUUUCUUAUUCUUCGUUGGCCUGGUCUUCUUUUACUUGUUUUUAUAAUGGUUAUUGAAUCAUGUGAAUAUAAACAUCGGGCACAAAUUGGUUGUCUUCUUCUUGCUUCUAUACCUAUUUUUGGUAUUAUUAUUGGUGUUACUUAUUUUUUUCUAUCAGAUUGGCGUCAUAUGCAAUUACUUGGUACAUUAAUUACUACUUUAACACUUUGUUAUCCAUGGUUAAUACCAGAAUCUCGUCGAUGGUAUGUGAAUAGUAAUCGUAUAUCACGUGUUAAUAAACUUUUACAAUUAUGUUCGAGUACACAAACACCAACACUAAGUUUAAAUAAAGUUGGUUCACCUGCACCAACAACUAUUAUAUAUGAUAAACCGAUUUUAUCAACAAAUACUCGUCGUGUUCAAAUAGGUUCAAUAUCUUUUUUACUAAUCAAUCAACAACUUCGUACAAUUACUUGUUGUUUAUUUAUACUCUGGUUUCUUUCAUCAUUUUGCUAUCAUUCCAUAUUUUUUCCAAGAAUACUUUCACAUCCAACUAUCAAUUAUGUUUUGAUGAAUGCAACUGAAUUUUUUUCAUUUAUUAUUGCACUUAUUGUUGCUUACAAAAUUGGUCGUCGAGCUCCAUUAGCUGUACUUAUUUUAAUUAGUGGCCUUUCUUCUGUUUCAUUAGCGAUUACAUUACUUGAAACAGGACAUACAUGGCUUGAAAUAAUAUUAUCCUUUGUUGCUCGUACGUGUUUUCGAACUUGUUAUUGUCUUCUGAUUUUAUUUACAGCUGAACUUUAUCCAACAUCAGUUCGAGCAACAGGUUUGGCUGUUGGACUUGCUAGCGAAGUUCUAGCACGAAUUUCAGUUGAACUUCUUCUUUAUUUUACUAUUGAUCGAUUAUUGCCUUUAUUUAUAUCUGGUGGUAUGCUAUGUCUUAGUUGUUGUUUAAUAUUUCCAUUACCUGAAACAAAACUCUAUGAUAUACCUGAUUCACUUAAUGAUCUUCAAUCCAUGAAACGUUCACUAGGAGAUGAAAAUGGCAAUAAAAUAUUACCAUAUCAUUCGCGUUAUCAUAUGAUCGAUUCAAAUACACUUACACUUGCUCGUAUAUCAGAAUCAAAUACAAUAGCAUCGGAUCUUAAUGAUUUAUCUUCAUUACAUGCUAAAACAAUUAUAAAAUCGCAACAGCAAGGAGAUAGUGAUGAAAAAAGUCUAACGAUUCGUUCUCAAGCUGAAACAAUUCAAUUACAUUCAAAUACAUCAUCAAUAAAAGGUCUAUCCAAUCCAUGUUAUUUUGGAUCCUUAAAUAAUACAAUCGAUCAAUUUGAUAUUGAACAACAAGCAAAUAAUCGAGUAGUGAUUAGUAUUCGAGGUGCACAAAAUAAUAAUAACAAUAAUAACAAUAACGAAGAAGAACGAGAAAAUACUAAAUUUUAA